AUGACGACGGCGGCUCGACAAGCGGUGCUCCGUAGCGAUAUGGAGGUCUUCAUGGGCGCUGUGGCACAUCAAGAGUCGAUGCUAGAUUCUGUCGCCACGGCCUGCAGGGCGCACCUGAUCACGGACGGAGCGGCAGCAACGGCUCCCCCGGCCUGCCUUUUCUUUUCCUCUCUUCCACAGAUCCCGAUACGGCAAUGGGCCGGCUCGCACCUCUACAACAACUGGUUCGUGCGCUGUCAGACUCCGUAUGCUUUGGGACCAUCAGCGGCGGCAAAACCAAAAGCGAUGCGCCUUCAUGGGGCACCAAUGCUGAAGCCGUCCACUGCUUCACGAGCCCUACCAAAGGCCCUUGUGCUGCCACUGGAUGUAGAGGUGGAGCUGCGCAAGUACUGGAGGCUGCACGACGAGGCUGCAGCGCGGGCACGAUUGGAUGCACUCCGUUGCAACGACGCUGAGGCGUUCGCUAAGCACGUCAGUCUGCUGAAGGUGUCUGGGCUUCUCAAAAUUAUGGAAAAGACGGAAGGCUUUAUGCGCCGCAUUGGGCUACGACUUCAGGCCCAUUCCACCCAGGCCAGUGCGAACGGUGGUGGUGAUACCACAGGUGCCGUGACCACGACGCGCGUUGCUUCUGCAGCCCUCGAUGAGCAAGGUGAUGCCGACCGCCCAGGCGGAGCUGUAGGAUUGCGCGGCAGCGAGUACGAGCGCUUCCGGGCCUACGUGGCAUCCACCAAGAACGAAUUUAAGCUCAUACACCGCGUGGACGUGUUUGUGGCAGCCCAGCCGGCCGGUCUGGACGCGACGCUUCUUCCGCACCAGAUGGAUGGCCUGCGCUUUCUUGCAUCCCUCGACGCCAACCACAUCAACGGCAUCCUGGCGGACGAGAUGGGCGUAGGUAAAACGGUUCAGACGCUCGCGUUCCUCGUCUACCUGAAAAAUAGGCGGAUCGAGACCGCCGAGGGCAGCGGGGGCAGAGUGGCGCCGCCGCUAGCUGGUCCGCACCUCCCACAUUUGGUUCUCGCCCCGCUCUCUGUUGUUCGAGAGUGGCAAGAGGCAUGCGAGCAGUUUGUAUCGGGUGCUCUCCGCGUUGCCGUGUACCAGGAGCUGGCCGACCCUGUCCGCGAAGCUGCGGCUUACGACCUUGUCUUCCUUCCAGUUCACGCUGCCCGUUACGUUGGCGCGGAGGCGGCACGCGUCCAGUGGCACUAUAUCGUGGUGGACGAGGCGCACAAGGCAGUGGCAAACCUGAACACCAUUACGGCACAGUGCAUUUUGAGCCUUCCGUGUUCGCGUCGCCUGGUGCUGACCGGAACGCCACUCAGCAGCGACUUGCAGGAGCUCUGGUCGUUGCUGCACUUUCUGAAUCCGGAGGUGUUCACCGACAACGACGCUUUCGAAGAGGUCUUUCGACGGCCGUUUCGUGUGUACGAGGCGCGGGAGAUGGAGUUGACGGAGGAGGAGCGCGGCCUGCUGAUCCUGCGGCUGCAUCAAGUCCUGCGGCCAUUUCUGCUACGCCGCACAAAGGCGGACGUCGAUUCAACUCUUCGGAUGACGCACCAUCACAUCUGGUGCCCGCUGAGUGCGAUGCAGCAGCGCCUGCUUGGCAUGCUGCGCGAGCAGCGGCGAACGCCAACGGUUCUCAGUAUGACGGGAGGCCACAAGAGUAACAACAGCAGCAGCAGCAGUAGUAGUGAGGCGGGCCGUGAUGACGAGGAGGAGGUCGCAGGUGCCGCUGAUGAGGCGCCACAUACGAUCACUCUUCCAGCGGCGGAGAUAGGGGCCGCCGCGUCUGCGGGCUGCCCAGGACACACCACUGCUGCAGCUUCGACGGCAGAGGCUCCGCACGGCAAGGCUUUACCGGCUCUCGACACUCUCAAGGCGCACAACGAGGCAUCCGCAGCCAGUGAUCGGCUCACCGAGCUCGUCUGGCAGUAUCUUCCAGCCCUGGCGUAUACUGAGGCCAGGGAUACCGUGCGCUGUGCAGUACAAGAGGACAGAGCCCUCGGGCUCACCAGCGCUGGCGUCUCAGAAUUAACCUCUCAGCUUCUGUGCAACCACGCCUUUUUACUGCCCUUCUUCUCCCAGGUGCUUCACCGUCACGACCUCGAUGAAGUCACGCAGGAGGGCUACAAUAACGCGGACUCGGUUGCUGCGGUAGCCUCGCAAAGCUGCACCCUCGGUGCCAAGGUCGCGGGGCGUUGCGGGGCUGCCGGCCUCACCCUUGCAUGCAGCGGUAAGUUCCUCAUCCUGCACCUGCUACUCGCACGCCUGUACGUGGCGCAGCACAAGGUGGUGCUCUUUACUCACUGGCUCGAUUGCGUGGACCUGCUCGUCGACUACCUGCACAGCCGCGGCUGGGCUGAUCACACGGUGGUGCUCACGGGCGGCAGCAGCGAGGCCGAGCGUCUGGCGAGUGUGCGGCACUUCCGCGAAGACCCAGCGUGUCUCUUCUUCCUUAUUUCUAUCAAGGCUGGUGGGUGCGGAAUCAAUCUGCAAGCUGCGCAUAUGGUGGUCCUCGUGGACCGUGACUACACAGCAACCAACGAGGAUCAAGCACUAGCCCGCGUCUACCGCAUUGGCCAGCGACACACGGUGCGGGCCGUGUACCUCGCCACCACUGACCCCAGCGAGGAGCGUGUGGCGCAGCGGGCGGCGACGAAGAAUAAACCGCGAGAGGCUAUCAUCAAUGAUGGUGUUUACCAAGUGACGACGGCAAGCGAGGCAAAACGAGCAGGAGAGACAGAUGAGUCUGUGACGGCUGCGGCAUUCGUGGAACCGCCUUCACAUGCCGAGAACGACCUUGAUGCCUGCGAGUUGUGGAGGUCGGUCCCUGGGGUCACCACGCCACCAUCGCCCCCACCUGAGGCACAGGAAACGCUAAGACCCGCCUGUGAUGGCGAGCUCCAAGGCGCUGCCGGGCCUGCAGCGAUUCCCCUGCCGCAGCCGGAGUCGUUCUGGGUGGCGCUCUCUCGCCUCAUUGGCUCGAUGGAUGAGUUGGUGAUCACCGAGGCGGAUCGAGCGGCAGCAACGGUGCGCAGUGCUGAAGGGGCGAGUCCGGACUUGGGCUGUGCUGCCUCCAACAGCGUCGUUGCACGGCUCUUUGCAACUCGACCACCACAGAGCACUGCAGAGUUGCAAGCUCGGCUGCAAAGGGAAGCAGAGAGGGUGCCCUCGACUUCUCCGCACAGCGUUGGCACGUCCCCGUCGCUGAGCAGCGCCGCAGCGGGCGACGCCCACUUGGGAGCAAGGAGAGAUCAGGCAGAGGCUCUGGCCACUGGGGUGUACCCGAGGUCCGACGCGUCCGACGAGAGUCAGGCGGUCACCCUCGCUGAACAACCUCACUCAACGCCGCCGUCUGCCCCCGCUGCAGAUCCUCUGCGAAACAGUUCCUUGUUUUGGUUGGAGUACAGCUAUCUUCUCCGCAUCGCUGAGCGCGGUCCUUACCUCCUUUCCGACGCCCUCCGUGCCGCUGCUAGUAACGAUGCCCAGAAGAACGACCCAGAGGAGCAAGUGCGGCGUCGGCAGCGGCGCGAUCGUCGCAUCGCAAAGCGUCUGCGGCUCGCCAGCGUGGACGUGCCCGACGGCUUCCGCGAGGCAUGCUGGGCAAAAGAGAGCAUCGAUGACGAUACCGAGGUGGCGAAGCGCUACUUGCGCUUCCUCGAUGCACGUGCCGGCAAGAGACGGCAGCGAAGGCGAAAGGAUGCUGACUGA